AUGACUGAGCCUCCCGCGAAGAAGAUGUGCCUCGGCGUCGACUGCCCCAACGAGGCCGGCACCCUCCAGUGCCCGACCUGCCUGAAGCUCGGAAUCAAGGGAAGCUUCUUCUGCUCGCAAGACUGCUUCAAGAAGAACUGGGGAAACCACAAGUCCAUGCACAAGUCUGAACAGAGUAUACUUCACCAUGUCCUCCCGCCAAAGGUCGUCUCUAAACCAGAUCCAGAGACAGGUGUAUUCAACCCGUUCCCGACGUAUCCCUUCACCGGACCUCUCCGACCCGUCUACCCUCUGUCCGAACGCCGUACCGUCCCCAAGCACAUCCCCCACCCCGACUGGUGGAAGGAUGGUAUCCCCAAGUACCCGAGAAGCAUCCUCAACAGGAACAAGGUCGACAUCCUGGAUGCCAAGGGAAUCGCCGGCAUGCGCAAGGUCUGCCGUCUAGCGCGUGAGGUUCUAGACAUUGCCGCCGCCGCCGUCAAGCCCGGUAUCACGACGGACUACAUUGACGAGAUUGUCCACAACGCCUGCAUAGAGCGCAACGCCUACCCGUCGCCCCUGAACUACAACCACUUCCCCAAGUCCGUAUGCACAUCGCUCAACGAGGUCAUCUGCCACGGCAUCCCCGAUCAGCGCGUGCUCCUCGACGGCGACAUCCUCAACAUCGACGUCACCCUCUUCUUCGAGGGCUACCACGGCGACCUCAACGAGACGUACUACGUCGGCGACCGCGCCAAGGCCGACCCCGAUGCGGUCCGCGUCGUCGAAGCCUCCCGCGACUGCCUCGACGCCGCCAUCGCCGCCGUCAAGCCCGGCACGCUGAUCCGCGAGUUUGGCAAUAUUAUCGAAAAGAUUGCAAAGGAGAGGAACUGCAGUGUCAUCCGCACGUACUGCGGCCACGGCAUCAACUCGCUGUUCCACUGCCCGCCCAACGUUCCUCAUUACGCCAAGAACAAGACGGUGGGCGAGUGCAAGCCCGGCAUGACUUUUACUAUUGAGCCAAUGAUUGCGCUGGGCAAGUACCGCGACGUCACCUGGCCGGACAACUGGACGAGCACGACGAUUGACGGCAAGAAGACUGCGCAGUUUGAGCACACUCUUCUGGUGACUGAGGACGGAGUAGAGGUUCUCACAGCUAGAACGGCCACCUCGCCCGGUGGGAAGAUACCGAUGCCUGGAACGAACGGCGAAGAGAAGGAGACCACCGCAUAA